AAAGAAACCAAAUUUCAUUGGCGAUGCCAAUCUAGAGAGAGAAAGAGGGGGAGGGAGAUUUUCGAGGAAAACCAGCCUUUUGUUCUCUUCUUCUUCGUCGUACAGCAUUCCACCAAAUAAUUUCAAAAAUUUCAAACCAAUCAACAACAUCAUCUCUUAUUAAUCUUGCUUAAUUCACUGCUUUUUUCUGUUUUCUGAUUUUGAACCUUGACAAAAAUUCUGUUCUGCAGUCGGAAUUCUUCAUUCGCCACCAGUCAAACCCUUUACUCCCGCAAAAGUUACACCAAUUGCGCCUCAAAACCGAACACCUUUUUCAUUUAUUCAAACAAUUUCCUCCGCAACCGGCGGUUUUGCCAUGAGGCGUGGUGGUUUCCGUCGACGGAAUAAGGGUUUCUGCUAACGUGCGCCUUAUUAUUUCUUUUAAAAAACUUUUUGGCAGUGGGUUUUUUUUGUCUCAUCAAGCAUUAUACACGUGGAUGAAUGGAUGACGUCAGCGUUGUUUUGAAGAAGGUGUGGGGUACGUGGGAGGAACUUAUCCUCGGCGGUGCUGUUCUCCGGCAUGGGACCGGCAAUUGGGACGUCAUUUCUUCGGAGCUCCGUACCCGAACCGUUUGCCCGUAUUACUUCACCCCUGAGGCAUGUAGAACGAGGUAUGAAGAUUUGCAACAGCGUUAUACUGGUUGCAAAUUUUGGUAUGAUGAGCUUCGAGAACGUAGAGUUGCGGAAUUGAAGCGAGAGCUCGAGAAAUCCCAAGAAUCAAUUGGGUUUCUCGUAUCAAAGCUUGAAAAUCUCAAAUCCAAAAAGGUGAAUUGUAAUCAAAUUGACUAUGAUUCAAGCCAAACCGAAUCCCCACCUCAAUCUUUACCAAAAACAAAGGGAAUCAAGAUCAAAACCGUUCAUAAACAAGGAUCCAAAGAUGAAUUUGAAUUAUCAUCCGGAAGUUUCACUCAAGAUCUUGAAACAAACCCACAAUCCCAAUCUCAUAGCCCAUCCCUAGCAUCGUCUCAAAAUAUUGAAGUAAAACUAGAAGUACCCGAAUCAUGUAUGAACACAAUGAUCAAAUUGAGCAAUGAAAAAAGUGGCACAAUUAGAAAAAGAAGAGGGAAAAGAAAGAGGAAAGAUGGUAAUUGGAACGAGGCUUCAACGAGUGGUAUGCAGUCUUCGAGUGUGGAUUUGCAGGAUGGGGAGUCGUGUAGGGGGGGCCCACAAAGCGAUGAUUUGGUUGGGAUUUUUAAUUCGGUUACUGAGAAUCAAUAUGCAUUGGUGUUUCGACGUCGGCUUGAUAGCCAGAAAAGAGCACGUUAUCGAAAAACAAUCCGUCAACAUAUGGAUCUGGACACAAUAAGAUCAAAAAUCGCAAAUUGUGGAAUAAAAUCAACCCGAGAACUUUUCCGAGACUUGCUCUUGCUUGCCAACAAUGCACUCGUAUUCUACUCAAAAAGAACCCGAGAGUACAAGUCCGCAAUGCUCCUCCGUGGCCUAGUCAGCAAAAGGUACAAGCAGUUAUGCAGCGAUUCUAGCAGUAGCAGCAGCAGCAUGCCGUUAUCAUCAAUCCUAUGUUUUUCUUCAAUCUCAAGUCCUCCCGUGAGGCCCCGAAGCAUUAGGCCUCGAGCCCCAUGUAAACAACCGAAGCUUGUAGUAAAGUUUCCAAGUAGUGGUCCGAUUGGGGGUCCACAUGGGUAUUUGAAAGUUAGUAGUAAUUCCGAUUCCGGGACCUUGAAUCCGGAGAUUGAAGGGAGUAAGUCAAACGUUGACUUUCGUGGUAAUCAGAAAAUUGCAAAAAGAGGAUUGGGGCGGCCGAGGAGGGCGGGGGGUGGUGGCAGAGGUGGUAAACAACCACCACCGACACCUAGGAAUUCUUCAAACGAGAAAAAAGCUCAUCAAAAGUGAUGGGUUUGUUGGUAGUUGUAAACUAGCCAUAGUUGAAAAGUCGAUGGAAAAACUAUUAUUAGUGUGUGUAAAUGAGU